GGCCGCAGCUGCUGCUCGGAGCCGAGGGCUGGAGAGUCGCCAAAAUGCCAGAAGAGAUGGACAAGCCGCUCAUCAGCCGCCACCUGGUGGAUAGCGAUGGCAGCCUUGCCGAAGCCCCCAGUGAGGCCCCAAAAGUGGGCAUCCUGGGGAGUGGGGACUUUGCCCGCUCCUUAGCCACACGCCUGGUGGGGUCUGGCUUCAGCGUGGUAGUGGGGAGCCGCAACCCAAAACGCACAGCUGGGCUGUUCCCCUCAGCAGCACAUGUGACUUUCCAGGAGGACGCAGUGGGCACCCCUGAAGUCAUCUUUGUGGCCGUGUUCCGGGAACACUACUCCUCCCUGUGUGGUCUCAGCGGCCAGUUAGCCGGCAAGAUCCUGGUGGACGUGAGCAACCCCACAGAGCAGGAGCACCUUCGGCACCGCGAGUCUAAUGCUGAGUACCUGGCCUCCCUCUUCCCCACCAGCACAGUGGUCAAGGCCUUCAAUGUCAUCUCUGCCUGGACCCUGCAGACGGGCCCAAGGGAUGGAAACAGACAGGUGCCCAUCUGCAGUGACAAGCCGGAAGCCAAGCGUACUGUCUCAGUGUUGGUGCACACCAUGGGCUUCACACCCGUGGACAUGGGCUCCCUGGCCUCUGCUCGGGAGGUGGAGGCCAUGCCCCUGCGCCUCCUUCCUGCCUGGAGGGUGCCCGCCCUUCUGGCCCUGGGGCUCUUUGUCUUCUUCUAUGCCUACAACUUCAUCCGGGACGUGCUGCAGCCCUACGUACAGGAGGGCAAAAACAAGUUCUACAAGCUCCCGGUGUCAGUGGUCAACACGACACUGCCGUGCGUGGCCUACGUGCUGCUGUCCCUGGUCUACCUGCCGGGGGUGCUGGCAGCCGCCCUGCAGCUGCAGCGUGGCACCAAGUACAGCCGCUUCCCCGACUGGCUGGACCACUGGCUGCAGCACCGCAAGCAGAUCGGCCUGCUCAGCUUCUUCUGUGCUGCCCUGCAUGGGAUCUACAGCUUCUGCCUGCCGCUGCGCCGUUCCCACCGCUACGACCUGGUCAACCUUGCAGUCAAGCAGGCCUUGAACAACAAGAGUCACCUCUGGGUUGAGGAGGAAGUCUGGAGGAUGGAGAUAUACCUUUCCCUGGGAGUGCUAGCCCUCGGCACACUGUCCCUGCUGGCUGUCACCUCACUGCCGUCCAUUGCAAACUCUCUCAACUGGAAGGAAUUCAGCUUCGUGCAGUCCACCCUGGGCUUUGUGGCCCUGGUGCUGAGCACCCUGCACACGCUUACCUAUGGCUGGACCCGCGCCUUUGAGGAGAGCCGCUACAAGUUCUACCUGCCCCCCACCUUCACGCUCACGCUGCUGGUGCCCUGCGUGGUCAUCCUGGCGAAAGGCCUGUUCCUCCUGCCCUGCCUCCGCCGCAGGCUCACCAAGAUCCGCAGGGGCUGGGAGAAGGACGGCGCCGUCAAGUUCACGCUGCCGACGAACCAUUCCCUGCCCCAGAAGACCAGCCACGUGUGAGGUGCCUGUGCCCGCCUCUGCAAGCCAGACCCGGCCGGUGGAGCCGCUGGGGCUCCUUUGCCUGAAGGUGCCUGCGGCGUGAUUGUGUGCAGGCUGGUAUUUGGAGGCCUGAGUUCCUGGGACACAAAGGUAUUUGGUAAUGUUCAGAAUGACACACGCGUGUGUGAUACUUAUGUUCAUAUCUAUUUCUUAUAUAUGCCAGAAUUCACAAUUAUACUUACUUAGCUAAAAAGUUGAGCCCCUGAGAUUUCAACGUGUAGAUUUGAAAGCCAGUGUUGGGUGCUAGGAGCUCUCACUGUGUAUCAGCUCUCACUGUGAGGACAUUUGCCAAGAGACACACGUUUUUUGCACAGAGAGGCAGUGAGAGGCUUGUAUCUUGGCGGACUUGAUCCUUUUGUGUUCCCUGCACCUCUUUUGCCACUUCGCAAGCUUUAGCAUGAUGGACAGACAGCAGUUUUGCCUGGAGCCCUAUUCAGUAGCUCAGGGCUAAAGAGUUGCCUGUGGGUAUGGGGUGUGGCCCCCUCCUCAUUCACCUAUGGCAGAAGCAGGAGGUGGGGUGAGGGCCUGCUGGGGGUGAGCCCAGCAUCUGCUUUGGGAGCCCACUGAAGGUCUAUUGUUUGCAGAUGCAGGGGGUGGAGGUGCAUACGGGGUUGGCACUGAACUGUACCCCUUACUCUUCUCUAAUCUGGGGAGAUUUUUUUUCCUGAAAGUUAGAAGUCACCCCAGCAGCUACAAAUUGAUCUUCCUGCAGGAGUGUGAAAUUACCUCCUUGUUGGAACCUCUAAUGAACCCCUCUGGAGAACAAGUGUAAUUUCCUCCCCUCCUUGGUGUGGGUGACGACCGUUCUCUUAGCCGCUGUGCCUUUGCCUUCUCACCUUUUUAGAUGAUUAGUUUGAAUGUCUUCCAGGAAAGCCUCGAACAGACCCUGUAACAGCCUGUCCAGCGGGGGCGGGGGAGAGAGUGCACUCAGCCUCACAGCCGAGCUGUGUGGAGACCCUGCGGAGGAAGUGAAGGACCAAUAAUCAUCAUGAAAUUGGUCCCAUGGGGGAACACCGGGGGCCUGUCCCGAUGUCCUCCACUGUCACUGGGCAGAGAACCUGCAUGGCAAGUUAUGGGAAACCACACUGGCUCCACGUUCCUCCUAAUGGAGGGUUCCAUUUCAAAAUAGCUGGGGGGCAGGAGGCUGUCUUCUGCCCAGGCUACAAACAUGAAACACUGCUGCCCCAAAGUGCAAGAGGCUGGACCACAGCCAGGGCUGCAAGACGCAUGUCCUCCCGUGACAAAUGCCACUCCUCACUGACUCACAAUGAAACUGUUUUUACUUCCCUUGUAGAGAAACAGCUGUUCUGGGCUGAGCCCCCAACCCUGGCAGAACCAGGGCGGGUCUGUCAUUCCACAAAAAAAGCACAAAGGGGCGAGGGCUUGUUGGAAGACCUCAGUGAAACGCGCAUGGAACUGUACCCUGAACGGGGGUGAUGAUGACAUUUCUAUGUCUUAGGGCUCCCCAGCCAGAGGGCAUCUUAUCAUGGAACAAAGAUAAUCGAACAGGCAGAAGCUGGUCAGAUAGUGCUAGAAGAAGAGGCUCCCUCCUCUCCCAGCAAAGCUUCAUGAGCUCAUGUCUGUGAAGCACAUUAGGGUCCGUUAGUGAAAAGGGGAAAAAGCUGAGUGCAAGAAUAUCUCAUUAGGCCAGUGACUGAUGGAGGGAAGGCAGUGCGGGCGAAGCUGCCUGCUUCCUGCACAUGUUUUCCAUCUGCCGUUCCAACGUUCAGCAGCAGAAGCGUGUCUCCUAAAUUGGCCCUGAUGGAGCAGCAGCCGUGGCCCUGAGAGAGGCUUGCUGAAGAGGAGGCAGGAGAAGCAGAGGUUUUAGCAUUAGCUUGGCGAAAUGAGGGCCCAUCAGUUUUCUGCUGAACGUGACACCUGGGACCUGCCAAGGGUGCCACCAACCCCAGUCAGUACUGGCUGACCCCUUCUCUGGCCCUUCCUGGGUUAGGCGUGAUUUCCUUAUACCAAAGAUCUGACCCAGAGCAAAGUCCAGCAUGCUCGCUCCCCUGCCCGGCCAGUCUCCUGCUGCAGGUGCUCCUCAGUGGGAAAGGGUUGGGAGGAGUGGCGGGCACUGGAGGGAACAGGUGCAGCAGAGGCCCAUCCUCCCACCGGCUGGACAGUCAGCUCACGAGAGGCGGGUGGGCUGUGUGCUUGGCCUUGGUCUGGUGUCUGCUGCUGCUCUCCCCUACCUCACCAGGCAGCUGACCACAACAUCCCCAAGAGAGCAAGUCAGUCCUUAAAGCCUGGUAAAUUCUGUGUGCCUCUGGGUACAAAAGUGCCUGAACAAACGUGCUCUGGAAAUCCUAAAUGCCAUGGUUGGAGGUGGAUGUUUAAAAUCUACGCCAUUGAAAAAGGCCGUGUAUUUUUGUUUUUACCUUGUAGAGCUUGUCUAAGCAGCAGCAAAAAUAAAUAAACCUUCUCUGGAUUUCAGGCUUUUAUUUCUGCCAUGUC